UCAAUGAAUUAAAUAGAUUUAUCGGGUACUGGUAUUAAACUCAGGAAGUACGAGUACAUUACAGAAUAUGAGGCCAAGAAUUGUCCUUGUGGCAAAUGUAAUUGCCUCAUUCGGCUAGCGGCAGUUAACACACCUGGAGCCCACUUCAAAUCUCAAGGGUCCAGGACCCGAAGGUGGGCGGGCCCAGUCGGUGUUCUGGGGCUCCCGUCUCGCCUAUCUCGGGCAACUCCGAUUACGCUCCGAGAAUUUGUGUGUCAUCGUAGGUACCCGUAUACCCAUUGCCGCUUCCUCUUCACCUUUCACCUGCAGUACUGAACGGGUCGAUUCCUCAGUUGCUCGGUCUCGGGUUGCGUGGGUUCCUCUGUGUAUGGUCGUGCGAACAGCCAGUUGGUCGUCGUCCUACAGUCAACGGCCGCAAAGAUGAUGCGGCAACUCCUCCCACGAUGCGCGCCCAGGGCGUUGGCCUUCUUUGCGCCGCGGCGCUCGCCCAUUGGGCUGUUCCAGGCUGCGCGCCAGUACAGCAUCAGCCCGGAGGUGGCAUCAGAGACCAAGCUGCAAGACAUUGACCCAAGCCAGUUGGUUGUCAAGAGGACAGCGAGCCCUAAGCCACUCCUGAAGUCCGAGGACCUGGUCUUUGGGCGCAACUUCACCGACCACAUGCUCACCGUCGAAUGGAACAAGACGACGGGCUGGCAAAAGCCUCACAUCGUGCCGUACCAGAAUCUGUCGCUCGACCCGGCCACCUGCGUGUUCCACUACGCCUUCGAGUGCUUCGAGGGCAUGAAGGCCUACAAGGACAAGGCCGGCCAGAUCCGGCUGUUCCGCCCAGACAAGAACAUGGAGCGCUUCAACAAGUCGGCCGCGCGCAUCGCCCUCCCCAACUUCAGCUCGACGGCCCUGAUCGACCUGAUCGCCCAGUUCACCAAGAUGGAGAGCCGCUUCAUCCCCGAGGAGCGCGGCUACUCGCUCUACCUGCGCCCGACCAUGAUCGGCACGCAAAAGACGCUCGGCGUCGGCCCGCCGGGGUCUGCCCUGCUCUUCGUCAUCGCCUCCCCCGUGGGGCCCUACUACCCGACCGGCUUCAAGGCCGUCUCGCUCGAGGCGACCGACUACGCGGUGCGCGCCUGGCCAGGCGGCGUAGGUGACAAGAAGCUGGGCGCCAACUACGCCCCAUGCAUCGUACCGCAGCGCGAGGCCAUGAGCCGCGGGUUCCAGCAGAACCUGUGGCUGUUUGGCGACGAGGAGUACGUCACCGAGGUCGGGACCAUGAACUUCUUUGUCGCGAUGCGCAACAAGCAGACGGGCCAGAAGGAGCUGGUCACUGCCCCGCUCGACGGGACCAUCCUCGAGGGCGUGACGCGCGACUCGGUGCUGUCGCUCGCCCGUGAGAGGCUGGCGCCCGAGGGGUGGAACGUUGUGGAGCGCAAGUACUCCAUGAAGGAGCUGGACGAGGCGGCCAGCGAGGGCAGGUUGAUUGAGGCAUUUGGCGCCGGGACGGCGGCCAUUGUGAGCCCUGUGCGGGUCAUCAGCUGGAAGGGCAAGUUGGUGCACUGUGGGCUGAAGGACCAUGAAGAGUCGGGCGAGAUCGCCACCAAGAUGAAGAAUUGGAUCGAGGCGCGGCAGUACGGUGAUGACGAGCACGAGUGGAGCUACAUUUGCUAGAGCGUUAAUGAGCGUACAAGUACAUGGUUGACUAUAGACGUUGUAUAUAGGACGACGGCACAAAUACCUUAGUAGACCCGGCUGAUCGCAGGGGCCUUUAUGCCUGAGU